AUGGGAGAUUGUCCCCAAAAUGAGGAGUAUCUUCUUUGUGGUUCAGCCUGCCCCUUUAAUUGCACCAACCCUGCAGGACCUGUGAACUGCAUCGACGAUUGUGUCGAAGGGUGUUUCUGCAAAUCUGGUUACCUGAGAAACGAAAACGGUACUUGUGUCACGACCGAUCAAUGUAUCGCUGCAAACAACACAUCUGUAUGUGGCGCAAACGAAGAGUUCCUCUCCUGUGGUUCUCCUUGUCCUGCCACCUGCUCCAACCCUGAACCUGAAUGUGUGGGUGCCUGCAGUAUGGGCUGCUUCUGCAAAUCAGGCUUUGUCAGAGAUGAGGUGCAGAACAAAUGUGUUGUAAUCAGCAACUGCACUGCUGAGCCAUUAGAACCUUGCUUCAACGAGGAUGAGGUUUACGAUAUUUGCAACGCGUUGUGCGAGCCGACCUGUGACGACCCGGAGCCGAUCUGCACCAAGUCUUGUAACGGGGGCUGUGUGUGUGCCCCUGGCCUGCUCCGAGAUAGCAACGGCACUUGUCUCACCGUUGACAAAUGUCCGCUCACCAACGGGACAACACCAGGUCCAUUAAGGAAGUACUUGAACGAAAUUAGCAAGAUUCUACAUUUGACGAUCGCUUGAAGAGAAUUUUAACUGUGGGCCUUGUAAAAGUCACUUCAACCGAAAAUUUUGGUACUAAAACUGUUAAUAGUAAAAAAUUUGUAUACAUUAUUCCUCCUUAAACUAUUCGGAUUAGUUCACAGAA